AUGUAACUCUAAGACGAGACUUCCAACAUCAUUAUACAAAUCCAAGAAGAAUGCAAAAUUGUUAUUGAUCUCACUCAAUUAAGGAGAGAGCAUUACAAUGUUUUAUCGAAGCAAAAAAAGGAUCAAGCUGUAUAAAUGCUAGGGCCAAACCCUUAGUUUGAUGAUUUUAAAAGGGUGAGUUUGGAAAUGGGAACAACAAUAAAAAAUCUUAAAAGAUGGUUGCAAAGUGGUACAGAAAGAAAAAAGGGCUGCGGUAGAAAAAAGCUGAAUCCCUAUGCUGAGAAGCAGUUGAUUGAAUGGGUUAUAGAGAGAGUUCAAUAAACAGGCAAAAAAAUAUCAAGACAGGAAUUGAGAGGUAAGGCGUUAGAGUUAUUCAAAAAUCAGCAUUUUUGUGCAUCCAAAGGAUUUCUAGAUAAAUUUGUUAAGUCCUAUCAAUUAAAGCAUAGGAUGAAAGAAAUAUUGCAAAGUAUUGGAAAAUUAAACAACAAGAAUUCCUCCUCCAAAAAGUAAAAAUAGAUUUCUACCAAAAUCGAAGAAGAAUUAUAAGCAGAAACUGUUAAAAAAGAAGAAAUAGAUAUCAAAAUAGAAAAUCUUACCAUUGAACCUAAUAAAAGCUGUUCAGCAUUUUAAAUUUAAUGA